AUGCUGCUUACCACCGCUGGCAUCGUCAUUGGGCGUAAGAUCAAGGAUGAGAGGGCGAGGAAGAAGGAAGCCAAGCAAGGUCUAUUGAGCGUUGGGAAUGAUGAGCUCGCGAAAAGAGCAUUCGACAGACAGACGGCACGAACGCUCGCGAGUGAGCAUGAGAGCUCCAUAGGUCUACUGCGAGCAGGUACGGAUAGCAAGUUCGAGGACCCUGCGAGCGUAGAGGCAACAAGCUCGGGCGUAGACAGUAGUCCACUUCGACCGCCCGAUGGUUCUAGUGUCAAGAGCCCGUCCACACCCAGGACUGUCAACCUGGCCUCGACUCUCACUCAAUCGCAGAAUUUUGGUCAAGCCGGAAGGACUAUCAAUCGACAAUCCGCUGGUGGACCACCACCUUAUUCUCCAAUGGAAGGCACAGCACGUGGAGCUACUUCCUCGAUCUACUCCCAAGAUUCUGACCGACCAGCCCUGACAUAUUCGUCCUCUGACACGAGAUCCAUCAUGACCAGCUCAUCAGAGGGCGGCGAUACUAUCAAGAUCCGUACUAACGGCUCGGAUCUCAAAAGUGGUUUCCCAUAUCACCCUGCGUUAUUCGACGUCAACGUGCACCCAAGCAUAUGGGAUACGUUUACUGCACGCGUCGUGGAAAGUACUAAGCUCACUGGCAAGGACCAAAUGCAGGUCUGGGCAGCAGCCACUGGCGUUGCACUGACUGGCGCGAUCAAUGACUCGCUCAAUGCAAGAGAAGAGAGUCAAAACCGCUCUCGCAGACAUUCAGCCGGUGCUCUUGGUGAGACACUGGAACAGUGGAACGAUACAUACUUCCGCCAACGAGGUCUGCUUGUGCAUCUGGAGCUUAGCGAGGCGAGUGUUAAAGGCAAGAGUCUUCGGAAACCUGCGAGUCUCUUCGACAGCAGGGAGGAAAGGGACAUCAAACGGGAGCAAAGAAAAUUCGUGAUCGUAAUCUCAAAGCUUGAGGGCGAGAGCAGACCGAUGGAGGGACUGGAUGAAGUGCAAGAAAUGGCAGCCGAGGAUGUAGUGACCGAGCUACCGGUUGUCGAUGGAGCGAAGUACAAUAUCGCGGAAAUGCCUGGCGAUGAGGGCAUGUACGCCGUUGAGCUGCCUGUUGAGCUACCCUUCGGACUUUCGUUGGGCUAUGGGAACGAAAAGCUUGCGGCUCCGCUAGGACUUGCAGAAUUGGAGAGCAAUACUUCGGACUUGCUGAACACGAGCCGUGGCUCCGAUGAGAAGAACAAGGACGAGUGGACUACAGAUCUGGCGAAGGAGAAGCCGCUCAUGGUUACUGGAAGUGUCCACGAGGCUCUCAACAAGGAGACGACGUGA